AUGCAUCCCAGAACAACCAAUUCCUCGCUCGUCCUCCUCUUGAUCCUCAUCAUAGACACCAGUUUGUUCCUGACUGUCGCUGCGCUUCAAGCUGAACAACAUGGCUCCCAUCGCAGCGGCUGCAUCCCAGCUGAGAGGGCCGCCUUGCUCUCCUUCAGGAAGGGCAUCACAGCUGACCCCACCAACCGCCUCGCUUCAUGGCACGGUAGAGACUGCUGCCGGUGGAGAGGCGUCAGGUGUAGCAACCAUACCGGCCGCAUCCUCGAGCUUGACCUUGGCAAUCGAAAUCCAAGCACCAGCUCCGUCACCGGAUGCGACGACGUAAACGCUCUGUUCGGCGACAUAAGUCCCUCUCUGCUUUCCCUUGAACAACUACAGCACUUGGACCUCAGCAGGAAUUGCUUGACAUCAGAGCAUCAAAAGACUAUACCUCUGUUCCUGGCCCUGAUGAAGAGUCUGAGAUAUCUGAAUCUCUCUGGUAUACCAUUUAGCGGUGAAGUGCCUCCUCAGCUUGGUAAUCUGUCUGAGUUGCAGUACCUUGAUCUUGGCUCCCAAGAUCAAGGUCACAGGAUGUACUCAGCAGACAUCACUUGGUUGCAACAUCUACCUUUACAAUACCUUGGCAUGAGCAAUGUAAAUCUCUCACAGGUAUCUAACUGGCCUCAUGUGCUAAAUAGGAUUCCAUCUCUGAGAGUCGUUGAUCUUUCAUCCUGCUCGGUUGCUAGUGCAAACCAAUCACUUCCUCUACUAAAUCUCACAAAACUCAAUAAGCUUGAUCUCUCGGGUAAUAAUUUUGACCACGAAAUUGCAUCUAGUUGGUUUUGGAAGGCGACGAGCCUCAGAUACCUCUAUCUUGGGUAUCACAGGUUAUUUGGCCAAUUUCAUGAUGCACUAGAAAACAUGACAUCUCUCCAAGUCCUUGAUUUGUCCUUCGGUCUUAAUCAAGGGCUGGUCAUGGAAGGAAACUUUAAGAACCUAUGUAGUUUGGAAAUCCUAGACCUCACUGACAAUGGAAUGAGUGGAGACAUAGCGGUAUUGAUGGCGAGGUUGCCACAAUGUGUAUGGGAUACACUGCAGGAGCUGCAUCUCUGCUCUAAUAAUAUCACUGGAACCCUUCCAAAUUUGAUAGGCUGCUUCACCGCAUUGACUGUACUUGACCUCUCCAAGAACAACCUUGCUGGAAACAUCCCACCAGAGCUCAGUAACUGCACACACCUAAACACCCUCGACCUCUCCAACAAUAGAAUUGUUGGACCUCUAGGACCAGAGUUUAGGAGUCUAACUGGUUUGGUCACCCUUGAUUUGUCCAAUAAUCAUCUCAGUGGAAGUGUACCUACGGAACUCGGAGCCUUCACUAAUUUGACUUGGUUGGUUCUAAGCAGCAACAACUUCAGCGGUAUCAUCAUGGAAGAACACUUUGCAGCUCUAAUCAGCUUAAAGAAACUAGACCUAUCUUCAACAAAUUUGAAGCUGUCAGUGGAUACAGAUUGGAUCCCUAUCUUCAGCCUGGAGGUUGCACUUUUUGCAUCUUGCCAAAUGGGUCCUCUUUUUCCUGCUUGGCUUCAGUGGCAGCCAGAGAUCACUAAACUUGACGUUUCAAGUACAGUUCUAAUGGACAAGAUUCCCGAUUGGUUCUGGCCUACAUUUUCACAUGCCAUAUAUAUCGACCUCUCUAACAAUCAGUUAAGUGGAAGCUUGCCGGCAAAUCUAGCUGACAUGGCCUUUGUAGAGCUAAACAUCAGUUCAAACCUGCUUAGUGGACCAAUACCACCGCUACCAACAAAUAUCUCCAUCUUGGACAUGUCCAGCAAUUCAUUUUCAGGAACACUACCUUCGAAUCUUGGAGCUCCACAACUGAUAACAUUGCUUAUGUAUUCAAAUAAAAUUGGUGGCAGCAUUCCAGGAUCUUUGUGCAAACUGAAUCUGCUGUCUGACCUAGACUUGUCAAACAAUCUUUUGGAGGGUGAAAUUCCACGAUGUUUUGAGACUGAAUCCAGUCAAUCUAUAGAAUUCCUGCUUCUAGGCAAUAACAGUUUGUCAGGAGAAUUCCCAGCAUUUUUGCAGAAGUGCACGGGCCUACAGUUCCUGGAUCUUGCAUGGAAUAACUUCUUUGGAAGGUUACCUGAAUGGAUUGGGGAACUGACAAAUUUACAGUUUCUUCGACUAAGCCACAAUACAUUUUCAGGAAAUAUUCCAGCAGAAAUCACAAAUCUUGGCUAUCUGCAAUACCUGGAUCUAUCAAGCAAUAACUUAUCUGGUGUUAUACCUUGGCAUCUGUCAAGCCUGACAGCUAUGACAUUGAAGGGGUCAAGGCUUUUAUCGGGUACAACAAUGGGUCCUUUCCCAGAUGGAGAUCCUCAGUUUUCAGGGGAAGGCAUGUUCAUAACUGGUCAGUUUGGAGAAAUCAUACCAAUAAUUAUGAAAGGGCAACUGCUUAGGUAUGGUCGCACAUUGGCAUAUUUCAUAAACAUUGAUUUAUCAGGCAACUCUUUGACCGGUGAAAUCCCCUUGGAUAUCACUUCCCUUGAUGCAUUAAUAAAUCUGAAUCUAUCAUCCAACCGCCUGACUGGAAAAAUUCCUAACAAAAUUGGGGCCUUGCAGUCAUUGGAAUCACUUGAUCUCUCGGAGAACCAUCUUUCUGGAGAAAUCCCACCAAACUUAUCAAAUUUGACAUCACUAAGCUACUUGAACUUGUCAUACAACAGUUUGUCUGGAAGGAUACCCUCAGGUAGGCAACUUGAUACCCUCAGUGUGGACAAUCCAUCACUUAUGUACAUCGGCAAUGAUGGACUUUGUGGGCCCCCUCUUCAGAAGAAUUGUUCAUCAGGAAAUGAUACACCCACCGAUGGUCAGAACAGAAACAACGGGCACGAACUCGAACCCUUGUCCUUGUAUCUUGGUCUUACAUUGGGAUUUGUGGUGGGGCUGUGGAUGGUGUUUUGUCUACUGUUGUUCAUGAAGUCAUGGAGAAUUGCUUAUUUCCGGCUCUUUGACAACCUCUAUGACAGAGUUUAUGUGUUUGUUGUGGUAACGUGGGCAACUUUGACUAGGAAGUAA